AGAGGUACCGUGCUCUGCGCUCCCCACCCGGCCCGGCCCAGCCUGCUGUGGCGGCGCCUCCUUCCUUCCUUCUUCCCUCGCUCUCUCUCUCGCCCGCCCGCGCCUUCCCUGUCUGCCUGCGUCACCGCGGCCGCCAUGGCUGAGAACGGCGAGAGUAGCGGCCCCCCGCGCCCCUCCCGCGGCCCUGCUGCAGCCCAAGGCCCUGCCUCUGCCCCGGCCGAGCCAAAAAUCAUCAAAGUCACUGUGAAGACCCCCAAAGAGAAAGAGGAGUUCGCGGUGCCCGAGAAUAGCUCAGUCCAGCAGUUUAAAGAAGCUAUUUCGAAACGCUUCAAAUCCCAAACCGAUCAGCUAGUGUUGAUUUUUGCCGGAAAAAUCUUAAAAGAUCAAGAUACCUUGAUCCAACAUGGCAUCCAUGAUGGACUGACUGUUCAUCUUGUAAUUAAAAGCCAGAACCGACCUCAGGGCCAGUCCACACAGCCUAGUAAUGCCGCGGGAACUAACACUACCUCCGCGUCGACUCCCAGGAGUAACUCCACAUCUAUUUCCACAAAUAGUAACCCAUUUGGGCUGGGGAGCCUGGGAGGACUUGCAGGCCUUAGCAGCCUGGGCUUGAGCUCGACCAACUUCUCUGAGCUCCAGAACCAGAUGCAGCAGCAGCUCCUGUCCAGCCCCGAGAUGAUGAUCCAAAUCAUGGAAAAUCCCUUUGUUCAGAGCAUGCUUUCAAAUCCUGAUCUGAUGAGGCAGCUCAUAAUGGCCAAUCCACAGAUGCAGCAGUUGAUUCAGAGAAACCCAGAAAUCAGUCACCUGCUCAACAACCCAGAUAUAAUGAGGCAGACCCUUGAAAUUGCCAGGAAUCCAGCCAUGAUGCAAGAGAUGAUGAGAAAUCAAGACCUGGCUCUCAGCAAUCUUGAAAGCAUCCCAGGUGGCUACAAUGCUCUACGACGCAUGUACACUGACAUUCAAGAACCCAUGCUGAAUGCUGCACAAGAGCAGUUUGGAGGUAAUCCGUUUGCCUCGGUGGGGAGCAGUUCUUCCUCCGGGGAAGGUACACAGCCUUCCCGCACAGAAAAUAGAGAUCCACUACCCAAUCCUUGGGCGCCACCACCAGCUACCCAGAGUUCUGCGACCACCAGCACAACCACAAGCAGUGGCAGUGGGUCUGGCAGUAGCUCCAGCAGUGCUACUGGGAACACUGUGGCUGCAGCCAACUAUGUUGCCAGCAUCUUCAGUACCCCAGGAAUGCAGAGCUUGCUACAACAGAUAACUGAAAAUCCCCAACUGAUCCAGAAUAUGCUGUCUGCACCCUACAUGAGAAGCAUGAUGCAGUCGCUGAGCCAGAAUCCAGAUUUGGCUGCACAGAUGAUGCUGAAUAGCCCAGUGUUUACUGCAAAUCCUCAGUUGCAGGAGCAAAUGCGUCCACAGCUCCCAGCUUUCCUGCAGCAGAUGCAGAAUCCAGACACACUGUCAGCCAUGUCAAACCCAAGAGCAAUGCAGGCUUUAAUGCAGAUCCAGCAGGGGCUACAGACAUUAGCCACUGAAGCUCCUGGCCUCAUUCCAAGCUUCACUCCAGGUGUGGGGGUAGGGGUGCUGGGAACCGCUAUAGGCCCUGUAGGCCCAGUCACACCCAUAGGCCCCAUAGGUCCCAUAGUCCCAUUUACCCCCAUAGGCCCCAUUGGGCCCAUAGGACCCACUGGCCCUGCAGGCCCUGGCUCCACUGGCUCUGGUGGCCCCCCUGGGCCCACUGUGUCUAGCUCUACACCCAAUGAAACCACUAGCCCAACAUCAGAAUCUGGACCCAACCAGCAGUUCAUUCAGCAAAUGGUGCAGGCUCUGGCUGGGGCAAAUCCUCCACAGCUACCAAAUCCAGAAGUCAGAUUUCAGCAACAACUGGAACAGCUCAACGCAAUGGGGUUCUUAAACCGUGAGGCAAACUUGCAGGCUCUAAUAGCAACAGGAGGCGACAUCAAUGCAGCUAUUGAGAGGCUGCUGGGCUCACAGCCAUCGUAAUUACAUUUCUGUACCUUGAAAAAAAUGUAUCUUAUUUUUGAUAAUGGCUCUUAAAUCUUUAAACACACACAAAAUCGUGCUUUACUUUCAUUUUGAUUCUUUUAAGUCUGUCUAGUUAUAAGUCUAAUAUGCAUUUUAAAGUGGAAUCCAUCCCUCUGUCCCUCCCUCCUGUACUGUCCUUUCCUUCCUUCCAUCCUCCCUCUUUCCUUCCUUCCUUCCUUCCCUCCCUCCCUCCCUCCCUCCCUCCCUGUUUUGAAUGGUGGUAGUCAAUGCUGUUUCACUCAAAGGUGUUGCAUGCAAACACUUCUUGUUAUUCUGCAUUCUUUGUGAUUUUUGGAAACUGGUAUCAACCUUCACAGUUGGAUGAAUAAGCUUUGUCCUACAGGUGUCCACUUUAUUUGCAUUUUAAACAUUAGCCUAUGAUAGUAACUUAAUGUAGAAUGAAAAUAAUUAAAAACAGAAGCAAACUAUUUAAAGCUCUCUAAUUUGUGGUACAAUAUUGCUUAUUGUGACUUUGGCAUGUAUUUUUGCUAGCAAAAUGCUGUAAGAUUUAUACCAUUCUUUGCUCUUUUUUUGCUAUAUUUGUACACAGUACAGUAAGCACAAUUGGAACUGUACAUCCAGAAAUAUUACAACAGAUUCUAAGCAGAACAUGUGUAACUAAAAUGGGAAAGAAUAUAAGAAAUAUUUCUGGAGCUAGGUAUAUCAAAAUUUUGUAGAAUCUUACAGCAUCUUUGAUAAACUCAGUGAAAAUGUUGGCUAGGCAAGUUCAGUUAAAAUAUAGUAGAAAUGUUUAUCCUGGUAUCUCUAAGUAUACAUUUAACUGUACAGAAGACUUACAGUGUGACAUUGUGUCAACAUUUUCCAAUUAACUGUAUAUGACCUUAAUUUGUGCAGCCUGAAGGAUCAGUGUAGUAAUG